UAUGAAUUCAGAAAUAUUUAUAUAUGGACUUGGAUCUAGGCACAUGGCGUGAACUAAGUUUUAUCUAGUUAGAAAGAAAGUUGAUUUGGAGAGUUUGAGAAUGCAGGUGGAACAGUAUACAAAGAAAACGGUAAUCAAUGAAGGUCCCUAUAUCCGAAAACUCAAACAUGGACAAUAAAUUGAAGUUUUCGGAUCGCUUGAAGGCUUUGCUGAAAACUGAGGCUCGUCAAGAUGUCGAUCCAUAUAUUUUCAGUGAACCAGAGCCAUUUGGUACAGCAACAGGAAGAAAUGUUACAGUAGUGUCAUCUAAAAAUUCUAAAGUAAUGCAAAAUUGUAAAAAUAAUAAGACUAAAGGAAAAUGUAUGAAACAAAGAAUAAGGAUAACAUCCGUACCAGAUGCGGAAUUCAAAGCUGUACAAGAUCGUGCUGUAGAAUUAGAUGCUGACUGUAGUGUUGGUGGUGGUGGCAGUGGUAGUGGUGAUGGUGAACACAUAGAUUAUAAAUUUGCAAAAGCAAUUCAUCAGAAGCAACAUCAUAUCGAAAAUUUACAAAGACUAAAAAAUAGAAGGCAAAGUCGGGACCAUACUUUACUGUAUUAUCCUAGAGCUGGAGAUGAAAUAUUGGAUAGUGAUUCUAGUGGAGAUGAAAUGACAAUUUAUCAACGUUAUUGGUUUUCUGGAGAAAACACUUCAACAUUGAAUCGUUCUGCACGCCUUUGUCAAUUGCGAUCUCAAUUGAGACGAAGAUUACUUCAGUUACAUAAAGGUGGAACAGACUCUGAAAUUUUGUUACGUGAUAGAGCUAGAUGUUUGUUAGAAGCUGCUUAUAAGGAUCCUGCAUCUACAGCAAGAGUUUUAAGUGGUUCUCCAAGUACAAGUAAAGUGAUAGAUGGACCACUUUUAGUUGGUGAACUUUGUGGAGCUGAAGGAUGUCAACAGACAUCUUUGCCAUGUACUCGUCAUUGUUCUCGUCAUAUUAUGUUAAAUGGAGAUCAACUUUUAUUUGAACAUUGCACUGCCAAAUUUAGUGAUAAUACACAAUGUUGUAUUCCUGUGUUUGAUGUUGCACAUGAGUUACCUCUUUGUCCAGAACAUGCAAGGAAAAGAGAUAAUUAUCAUCGUAAAGCCCAAGAGUCUAAACCAAAGAAAGCUCGUAAAAAACCAACAUCUCCCACAAUUCCCAGGCCUAAACCAAAAUCCAGGCCAAAGAAACGAAAACGGCCUCCAGCAAAUAAAUUGGAAACUAAAGAUCCAACGUUGGUACAUGAAGAGAGUCAAUAUUUGAAUCAAAUAAACUCUAGUGAAAAUCAGACAAAAACAUUGAAUAAUUUGAAUACUGUAGCGCAAGGAAGUUCAAAUUCUGCUAAUUUAAACUUAGGAUUAGGACUUGGUCUUGGAGGAGGACUUAAAGUAGAUCUGGGAGAUCAUGAAGUAUUUCCUUCUUUGGAUCCUGCAGAGCAUGACUUUGGCAAUGUGCUCAACAAUUUACCUGCUGAUGCGUUUAAUGACUUGUUCAUUGAAGGCAGAAAUGGGGAAUAUGAACCAUCAAGAGAAGAAGAAGAAGAAUUAGAACGAGCCUUAGAGGCAGUAAAUAAAGAUGUACGAAAUUUGGAAAGAAUGGGGCAAACACAAGGACUUUUAGAGCCAGCUUUAUUGGCUCAACUUAUGUCAGACAUUGCUUCGUAG